UUCCCCUCCUCCAAAGCAGGACCCGCGUCAGGCCGAUUCACUCUACGCAUGCAUGAGGUCGCGCGCGGUGUGCGAGUUCACAGACCGAGCGCGAAGAAGAGGAGGCUUGCGCCAGCCUGGGGGGCCAGGCAAUCGGGUAAACGCCAGGAUAACCUGCGCGAUACCACGAUAAAAAAAGACAAGGAAGAGGAGGAGGAGGACGACGACGACGACAACGAAGGGCAGCCUCAGUGCUGGCUGCUCUGGCUGCUCUGGCUGCUGCGCAAGUGCAGCCUGCCUCGGCCACGCCCAGCCGCUCUGGCCGUGGCGAUGCUGGAGAUGGCUGGACCUGCCCAGGUUGGGCCGCCUGCACGCCAGCAGGAAUCCUGGCUGUGCUGCAGGAGGUGCUGGAGUUGGUAGAUUACCAGGUUCAUGUCCAGACUCCUCGCCUCACCUUUCAGGCGUAGGCACCCCUCCAGGAACUCGUUGUAGCCCACCUCGCCACUCUCGUUGCAGUCGAGCAGGGUGAACAGCACGUGGGCCUGCCUGCUGUCCAGAUCCGCCAACCCCGCCUGGGAGACUGCCAAGAGAACCCCAAGAGAGCCCUAGAGGGCCCUGACAGGUCCCCAAGACGGCACAUACCAAAGAGGCCCCC